AUGGCAGCACCUACAACUUUCGGCAGUUUCAGCGCCUGGGACUAUGUAGUUUUUGUUGCCCUCUUGCUGAUCUCGGCCCUGGUGGGAAUUUACCAUGCAGUGGUGGGAAGAGGACGUGAGUCAACCGAAGACUUUCUUCUGGGAAGCCAUCAAAUGAGCUCUGUGCCAGUGGCUCUCAGCCUCACUGCAAGCUUCAUGUCUGCAGUGACAAUGCUGGGGACCCCAUAUGAUACAUAUCACUUUGGGGCUGUCAACAUCUACUUUGCCAUCUCUUACAUGCUUGUGGUGAUUCUCAGUGCCGAGGUCUUCCUGCCAAUCUUCUACCGGCUUGGUGUUACCAGCAGCUAUGAGUACUUGGAGCUGCGGUUUAACAGAUGGGUUCGUUUAUGUGGAACAAUAUUAUUUAUGAUUCAAACAAUUUUAUACACAGGGAUUGUUAUUUAUGCUCCAGCAUUGGCAUUAAAUCAAGUGACAAAUUUCAACCUCUGGGGUUCGAUUAUUUCGACUGGAGUAGUCUGUACUUUCUACUGCACUCUGGGAGGUCUCAAAGCUGUUGUGUGGACAGAUGUAUUUCAGAUUGUCAUCAUGGUGAUUGGGCUUGUGGCAGUCAUUGUUCAAGCCAUAAUACUGAAAGGGGGCAUCAGUAAGGUACUGAAUACUGCUGAUCACGGGGGCAGACUAAACUUCUGGAAUUUUGACCCCAAUCCGUUCCACCGACACACCUUUUGGACGAUUGUAAUAGGAGGAACUUUCACAUGGACCGGGAUCUAUGGAGUGAACCAGGCCCAGGUUCAGAGAUACAUCUCUUGCAAAACACAAACUCAAGCCAAGGUUGCACUCUACCUGAAUCUGGUUGGACUGUGGAUUAUGCUUUUGUGCACAGUCCUGUCAGGAUUGGCAAUGUACUCUCUCUACUACGAUUGUGAUCCUUGGACAUCUGGGCAGGUCACAGCUCCAGAUCAGUUAAUGCCCUACAUGGUGCUGGAUAUUCUGGGAAGUUACCCAGGGCUGCCAGGUCUCUUUGUGGCGUGUAUAUGUAGUGGGACAUUAAGCACAGUUUCAUCCAGCAUUAAUGCGCUAACUGCUGUGACAGUGGAAGAUCUCAUCAAGCCUCAUUUCACAACCCUUUCUGAGAAAAGACUCGCUUGGAUUUCCAAGGCUAUGAGUCUGCUGUUUGGUGCAGUAUGUAUUGGAAUGGCUGGUUUGGCCUCACUAAUGGGAAGCCUUUUACAGGCAGCUCUCAGUAUUUUUGGAAUUGUUGGAGGACCAAUCUUGGGACUUUUCACUUUAGGCAUUCUGUUUUCCUGGGCCAAUUGCAUUGGUGGAAUUGUGGGACUCAUCUCUGGAUUUGCAUUUGCUUUAUGGAUUGAAAUUGGAGCUCAGAUCUGGCCACCACCCCCUGAGGUAACAAUGCCUUUGAACCUCAGCGUUACUGGAUGUAAUGUCAGCCAGUCAAGAAAUGAGACAUCAUGGGAGACCACUAUCCUUUUGACAACUCUUUCCAAAACAUCCAGGAAACACAGAGCUGAAGCAGUGAUGUCCUUGUAUUCUUUAUCCUACUUGUAUUUAAGCACCUUUGCAAUUUUAAUCGUUAUAAUCGUUGGUCUAAUCGUCAGCUUACUCACAGAAGGAGUUCCUUCAUUUGACCUGUCCUAUUAA